CUCAGUGACAAAUCUAAAAAGUUGUAGCAAAUACAAAAAUGGUGGCCAAAAACUCAAUUGAGUUUGAGUGCAAGUCUCUGGAUGAAACGAAAGCUGCAGCGAGUGGCCUCAAUGAAGCUAAAAUCACUGAGGUUCCUCCUAUCUUUGGCCUUCCUCCAGUUGCCUUAGAUGACAAGAAACCCACUAUCAACUCAGAAUUCUCAAUCCCAAUCAUCGACUUUGCAGGCGUCCACGUGGACGCUGUGUCACGUGAAGGUAUUGUGGAGAAGAUCAAAGACGCCGCAGAGAAAUGGGGAAUCUUCCAACUGGUCAAUCAUGGUGUUCCUUUGAGCGUUCUGGAAGAGAUUCAAGAUGGAGUGGUUAGGUUUCAUGGGGAAGAUCCUGAGAUUAAGAAAUCCUACUUCUCGAGCGACUUCGCCAAGACAUUUAUCUACCACAAUAACUUCGAACUCUACAGUUCGUCUACUGGUAAUUGGAGAGACAGCUUCGCUUGUUGCAUGGCUCCUGAUCCUCCAAACCCUGAAGAGAUCCCAAUGGCUUGCAGGGAUGCUAUGAUCGGAUACUCGAACCAUGUGAUGAGUUUAGGUGGUUUGCUCUUUGAACUUCUCUCAGAAGCUCUGGGCUUGAGCUCGGAGACCCUUAAGAGCAAGGGUUGCAUGAAGGGUUUGCAUAUGAUCUGCCAUUAUUACCCUCCGUGUCCACAACCUGACCUAACUUUAGGCACAAGUAAGCAUUCCGACAACACCUUUAUCACCAUUCUUCUUCAGGACCAAAUCGGUGGUCUUCAAGUCCUUCAUCAAGACUGCUGGGUCGAUGUCUCCCCUCUUCCUGGGGCUCUUGUCAUCAACAUCGGAGAUUUCCUACAGUUGAUGACGAACGACAAGUUCACAAGCGUGGAGCAUAGGGUGCUUGCAAAUAGAGCUGGACCGAGGAUUUCAGUCGCGUGCUUUUUCAGUUCGAGUAUGAAUCCGAAUCCCACAGUUUACGGACCAAUCAAAGAGCUUCUGUCUGAAGAAAACCCUCCGAAAUACAGAGAAUUCACUGUACCUGAGUACACAAAGGGAUAUAUUGAGAAAGGUCUCGAUGGAACAUCGCAUCUAUCGAAUUUCAAGAUAUAGUUUGCUGUAAUUGUGUAUUUCGAGCAUAACUGUUUGGGUCAGUCCUUGUCCUUGUUAAUAAUGUCAAGCUACUAUGUUCUUGGCUCUGCAAUAAGUACCUCAUAUGUAUUCUUAUCGUAUAGAAAUAACAGAAUGGCUCAAUGUCAAGGCUAAGCUCAUUCUAUUCAGCUCAUUCAAGCUAUCAAAUACUCAGAUUCAGAUACAUCGAUCAGAUGGGAUUUUAAUAUC